UUAAAGCCCAGCCGGCCGCGAAAACAGGCCCGCUCCUCCACCCCCCGCCCGCAGAGGAGACUGCCAGGCCGGGUGCUCACGCGCCAGGGCUCGGCUGCGCGGCUUCCGCGUCUCUCCCAUCGCUGCUUGACGUUUUGCUCGCGCGGAAGUACGACAGCUAGCUAGAAGCACAGCAGGGACAGCUUUCCCGACUGUGCGGCCGCCGCCAUGCCUGCAUUGCCGCUACGGGUGGCAGUGGUGUGCUUCAGCAACCAGAGCCGCAGCAUGGAGGCGCACGCAAUCCUCAGCAAACGAGGUUUCAAUGUCCGGUCCUUUGGAACAGGAACUCACGUGAAGCUUCCAGGACCAGCACCCGACAAGCCAAAUGUUUAUGAUUUCAAAACGACAUACGACGAGAUGUACCACGAUCUCGUUAGGAAAGACAAAGAACUCUAUACACAGAAUGGCAUUUUACAUAUGUUGGAUAGAAAUAAGAGAAUCAAGCCCCGGCCCGAAAGGUUCCAAAACUGCAAAGAUCUAUUUGAUCUUAUCCUCACUUGUGAAGAACGAAUCUAUGACCAAGUGGUGGAAGAUCUGAAUUCCAGAGAACAGGAGACCUGCCAACCAGUGCAUGUGGUCAACGUGGACAUCCAAGACAACCAGGAGGAGGCCACCCUGGGAGCAUUCCUCAUCUGUGAGCUCUGCCAGUGUAUCCAGCACACAGAAGACAUCGACAACGAAAUGGAAGAGCUGCUGCAGGAGUUCGAAGAGAAGACUGGCAGGGCCUUCCUGCACACUGUCUGCUUCUACUGAAGAGUGCAGCUGCCCACAAACCAAAGCCUUCUUGAUCUUUCUGUCAUUGGGACUUUUUCUCUCCUCAUACUUGUUUGUACUUUUAGAUAUUCUGUCAGCGGAUUUUGGUAUUAUCCAAAUAAAGUAUACAUAUGAAAUAAGGAGGUAUCAUAAAUAACAAAUCAAAACCAUUUAAGUUUAUUCCGUCCCAUUUUACCUAUAAAUGGGAUAUAGAUUCUAAAUGUUUUUGUAUUUAACCAAAAAGAAAAAAAGAAAAAAGAUCUAUAGUAUGUUCCCCUCCUGAAUAUACAUUUGUCUUUAGUUGUGCCAGUCUAUCCCUUCCCCCUCUCCAACUGACUGGAUUGUAUAAAAUAUCUUAAUAAAGCAAUGGGUUGUAUCUUAUUAGGAAAGAAUAUGGAAUUGCUAAUAAAUAAAUAUUACUUGACUUCAAUAACAAAGAAACAAGCUCUUAACUAGGAAUACAACUGUACUUUUACAUGAUAUUCUCUGAUGCUUAACUUUGAUUCCAUAUCUGUAUUUAAAAAUGUUUUGUAUACCAUAAAUAUACACACAUGUUCAAUUAAAAAUAAUAAGCUGAUGAUUGCAGAUGACAUUUCACACUCUACAUUCCUACUUUAUGACCCACAGGAUAGUUUAUGUAACACGUUUAUUUGGCUAGGCUAUCUACACUUCCCAGAAUUUCUGCUGUAAGAUACAGGGAAGGUUCUCUCAUGAGAACUGGAUAAAACAGGAGUCAUUAUUUUAUAGCAAAUACACCUCCCAAUUAUUUACUCAGGGACCAAUAUAGAGUCUGCUACGAAGACAUUUUGCAAGUGUAACUGAAGGCUGUAAUCAGUUUCUGUUGAGUAUUUCUCUACAGUCUGCCCCCCAGGUUUGUCAUUAGUGUCCUUAGUAUAUUUUUUAAAAUUAUUCUAAUUCUAGUGUGCUAUUUAUUUCUUGCAAAAUGCUUGAAAGUUUAGUUAAAAUAUUAUUAGAUGAUAAAAACAAUAGAA